AUGGGAGUGCCCGCACUCCCAUCAGUUUUAGCGGGUCUGCGGACCUUCCGGCUCAGGCCUACCUGUAAUGGGACAACUCUGAAGGAAAAGCAGCUGAAGGAGAUCCAGGCUCCAGCCACCAACCUGUACCUGCCCAUCCUCUACCUGUUCGCCUUUGUGGUCGGUCUGCCCUCCAACUUGCUGGCUCUCUGGGUUCUGGUGUUCCGGACCAAACAGCUGCCGUCCACCACGCUGCUCAUCAAUCUGACGGUGGCCGACUGCCUGCUACUCAUGGCGUUGCCAUUUCGGAUCGUCUACCACUUCCGGGGGAACAACUGGGAGCUCGGCGAGCCCUUCUGCCGCUUUGUCAUGGCGAUCUUUUACGGCAACAUGUACGGCUCCAUGUGGUGUCUGGCCUUUGUGUCCCUGGACCGAUACAUCGCUUUGGUCCACCCAUUUCGCGCCAGGACUCUGCGCAGCCAGCAGGUGUCUCUGUGUAUGUCACUGGUGGUGUGGACAGUGGUUCUGGUUGCCAUGCUGCCACUGCUGCUGUCACGGCAGACCUACGAAGUCAGCACGCUGCAGAUCACCACUUGCCACGAUGCGCUUCCAGAGGAUGAGCAUGAGAACUACUUCUUGCCGUAUUUCGCCACCCUGUUCGCCACCUGCUUCCUGCUACCCUUAGCCAUCGUCCUGUACUGCCACAGCACUGUGUUGGCAACCUUGCUGGCCGGGGGAAAAUUCUACGGUCACGCCAUCCGGGUGACGGUACUGGUGCUGCUGGUCUUCAUCGUGUUUCUGCUGCCGAGCAACAUCCUCCUCCUCCUCACCUAUGCUGACAGCUCACUGGACGGAGAUGGAGAGGACCUCUACAUGCCCUACAGUGGAGCAAAAAAGUACAUGGUGAGCUUGGCGGUGAGCACCUUCAACAGCUGCAUCGUCCCGUUCAUUAUCUACUACGUGUCCACGGAGUUCCGGCAAAAGGCCAACACAGCACUUUGCCCAAGGUCAAAGGUCACCCUGCUGUCCAUGUCCAGUCGACAGAGGCCACCUGAGAUGCCACGCAGCUCCCAGGAGAACAGAGUAACGGACACCUGA